UUUUUCUCGAAAUAUGGAAGGAGCAUCUCCACUUUCUUACACCCCAACUGCUGCUGUUAAGCAUCCAGCCCCAGAUUUUGAAGCAACUGCCUACCAGGACUACGAGUUCAAGAAGGUAAAGUUGUCAGAUUACAGAGGAAAAUAUGUUCUAUUGUUCUUCUGGCCAAUGGAUUUCUCAUUCGUUUGCCCAACAGAGAUCAUUGCCUUCUCUGACGCCGCUAAGAUCUUCAAAGAGCACGGCUGUGAAGUUCUUGGAGUCUCCACUGAUUCUAAGUUCACUCACAUGGAAUUUGAUAUGAAGCCAAAGAAGAAGGGAGGACUUGGAGAAGUAGAAAUGCCAUUGAUCUCAGAUAGAUCCCACAAGAUUUCCAAGGCAUAUGGAUGCUUCAUCGAUCAUGGAGAAUACGAAGGAAGUGCUUUCAGAGCUACCUACAUCAUUGACAAGGAAGGUAUCCUCAGACACAUGUCAAUUAACGAUACUCAGAUCGGAAGAUCCCCAGAUGAGUUCAUUAGAUUAGUCCAAGCCUUCCAGUACGCUGAUGAGAAGGGAGAGGUCUGUCCAGCUAAAUGGAAGCCAGGAGAUCUUGCAUAUGCCGCUAAGCUUGGAGAUGAGAACCACAGAAAAUACCUUGAGCAGCAUGAUUAAUAAAUAUAUCUAUGAUUUGCGGAAA